GCUUGGUGUUUCCUAGGACAGAGCAACUUCCAGGUGGAAGAUGUGGAUGCAGAAAGCUAGAUUUUCCAUCAUCUGAUUCUAAAAUUCUUGAGUGACACUGCUCUGCAAUAUGGCUUGUUGGAAAAGGCAAGUGGACAUGUCUAAGGAAGACGAAUUACCAUUCUCCGUCUCUUACUGUCAGACCCAAGGGGAGGAACAUUCAGACUACUGGAAGGAAGGUAAUGUAGAUGAAUGCACUGUUGAUUGCCAAAAAUGAGGUGUAGAAUAGUCAACACCCACUGAACUAAACAUGGGUCACAUCCAGACUGUCAGUGUUUUGCAGGAGGGAUUCAAAUUCAAACAAGGAAAUUUAGAUAUGUGCAACUGCAGCUGAUUGAAGUGCUCUGUUUUCCCAAUGUAGCAAAUUCACUUUAGGAAAAGAAACGGAUAUUUUGUGGUUAGGUAAGUGAAGGAGAAAAGAAUGAAAUACUGUAAAUGAAUGAAUAACUAGAAGACGCUUAAACACUGCACAAGCAAAUCAGGAUGAAUGAAGGGUGAAUGCUCAUUGUUGUAUAACCACAAACCAAACAGAAUAAGUUGGAUAUAAUUUAUCCUCUGUGCAAGCUUUGAGCAAGCAACAAAGGCAGAUUUAGGAGAGUGCAACUGGUUUAGUUGCACUGGGUACAGAGCAUGGAAGCGCCAUAGGGGGUGCUGCAACUAUGAUGUAGAAUGGAAGGCAAGGGGGGCCACUGAAUUUUGGCAUUGCACAGGGCACCACAGGAAUUUGAGAUCCCAAGGUAUGUCAUUGCAAGCAAAUCAAAAUGAAUACUCAAUGAAUAGCUUGUCUGGAGGAGCCCAUAGAAACUAUUCGUGAGAAAGAGUUUCCAUCCAUGAAUUGCCUUGUGUUGAUAUUUAGGUAUAUUUUAAUGCACUGUAGUGUAUUUAAUGGACUGGGCUUCACCAGGUUUCACAUUUAAACAAAUGCAAUUUAAAAUAUGGUUACCAGAUUUUUUUUCAAGGAAUCCAGGGACACUUUUUUUUGGGGGGGGGGGAAAUUUCAUGCUUUAUUUUAGGAAAGGGUCCGGGGACCCUAAUUUAAAGCAAAAGAAUAAUGUGGUAAAAUUUACAGCAGCCAUUGCACGAUCAGUUCAAUAUGAUACUUCAGUGAUGUCUUUUGGAGGAUCAGUAAGCUAUUCCCCCUUCCCUGCUCCAGAAAUUGUUGGACAACCUUUACCGUCUCUUUUCCUUCAAGGAUGAUGAUAACUCAAUGGUACAGCAGUAUGCAGAUAAUUGCAUACAGAUAAUUGUCCCUGGUACCUCCAGCUAUAAAUGGAGUGUGUGCAUUAUGGUUGAGACAAUACUUCUGCCUGAGAAAUAGCCUUCCUAAACCUGAGACGCUCUAGAUGUCUUGGACUGCAUCUCCUAUCAUUCCUAACCAUGCUGGGUUGGGCUGAUGGGAGUUGUAGUCCAAAACAUCUGGAGGGUCCCACGUUGGGAAAGACUGCCAUAGAUUCAAAGAACCAUAGAGAUGGGUGGGAUAUUGGAAGCCAUUAAAUGAAUCCCCACAGUGCGGGGUCUAUGGCACAGGGUGUAACUACAGCACCUGCAUGUAUCAUGUUUCCUUUGCAUUGAAAUGAAUGGCUUGGAAUAACGUACUAAGAAUAUAUUCUAUAAUCUACAUAAUUAAUUGCUUAACUUACUUAACUUACGCAACUUUACCACAGCAGAACAGAGAGAAAAAUAACAGUUUUUGGAAGAAAACCAAUUGCAGCAGAACUGAUUGCGGCAUGUGAUGAAUACAGAAUGCCCUCUGGCUCCUUCCUGAUUCUGUUGGGACCACACUUCCCAUCAGCCCAAGCCAGCAUGGCUAAUGAUCAAGGAUGAUGGGGGUAGAAGUUGAACAACUUCUGGGAAGGUGUCCCAUUAGCUGUCCAGUCAAAGAAUCUAUGAAGCUGAAUCUUUUCUUCGGAAGGGCUGAAAGCUCAGUGACGAGGUCCCUGCUUUCCACACAGAACAAUUUCCAUCCUUAGCAUUUCCAGUAGGGAUGGGGGAGAAAUUCGAUUCAGUUCACACUUAAAAGUCUCACAUAAGUAAACCACAGUUUCCAAAAUGAUAAGUUAACUCAAACACAGCCCGCUCCCAAAAUUUGCACUUUAUGGAAUUUCACAACACAGAUCUCAAACUGAGUAAUGCAGACAAAGAAAAAUCAUACCCUGUGCAUAGAAGUGCAUAUAUUAGUGAAAAUAGCAUGCAAGCAUGCAUUUAUCAGGGGAGAACGAUUUGCAGAAGUGUGUAUACUACAAGUAUGUACAAAAAUGCAAAUGAAUUUUCAUGAGAAUUAUUAUUAUUAUUUGCAAACUGAAUUGGAGAACUGAGCUUUAGACAGGAAAAAUGUGAAAUAAACUGACAAGAGUUGCUCAUCCCUAUUCAUGGCUAAUCAGAGAUUCAACUCCAAAUCUCCCAGGCCAGAGCAAUCUACUACUUACAUGGACAAAUAUGUAUCCCCAGAAUUCUUCUAUAUUCCUAAUUUCUAAAGGAUCUCUGGUUGUAUUUCUGGGAAGGACUCAUGCAUUAAAUACUUGAGAGAUGGUUCUACUUAGAGGAGACCAGAAGAUAUCCAAAAUGGUACAUAGCCAAUGGUCAGAGAUCAGGGGAGAUGUAGUGCAGAACAUUUGGAGAACACCACAUCCUUUCUGGGACCAUUUCCACACAAAGCACAUGCACUGCUAUGAAGUGAUGGCCACUCCACAAUGCUUAUACUCAGUCUUCUUUACUGUUGCCUUCCAGAGCUUCACAAUGGGCAAAUGCUUAUGGUUCUCACAGCUCACGAGUCCUGUUUUUCUACGUUUUUUGAUAUGAAUCUUUGGGUAGAGAGAUUGAAGACCAUGGGAAUUCAGGUGAGGGUUGCAUAUAUCUUGUUGAAUCAUGCAGAGAUAAAAGCCACCAGAUGCAAUAUAAUUUGAUUGUGCAAGGAAACAAAUCAGGAUGAACCAGAUCGCAAGGAGUAAUGAGUACUUUUAGUACUUUUUACUGCUAUCCAAGCUGCUGCUGCUGCUGCUGCUGCUGCUGCUGCUUCUUCUUCUUCUUCUUCUUCGUCUUUUUCUUCUCCUCCUCCUCCAUUAUUGCAAUUGUUAUUUUGACUCCAAGCUGUCAGCUAAACUUAUUUCCUAUUGAAAUUAAUGGGGCAGUUGGAGGCAGCAAAGCUUCUGAAUACCAGUGGCUGGAAAACACAGGCAGGGUGAGUGCCCUUGUCCUCAAAUCCUGCUUGCAGGUUUCCCACAGACAUCUGCUUGGCCCCUGUGAGAAAAGGAUGCUGGAUAAGGUGGGCCAUUGGCCUGAUCCACAAAGGCUCUUCUUAUGCUCUUAUGCUUAGGAGGACUCUUGACUUACCUAGGACCCUUGUACCUACGGGACCGCCUCUCCUGGCAUGCCCAGCAGAGGACCUUACGGUCCACAAAUAAUAAUACUUUGGAGGUCCCGGGCCUCAAGGAGGUUAGACUGGCCUUGACCAGGGCCAGGGCCUUUUCAGCCCUGGCCCCAGCCUGGUGGAACACUCUGUAGCAAGAGACCAGGGCCGUUCAGGAUUUGACAUCUUUCCGCAGGGCCUGCAAGACGGAGCUGUUCUGCCAGGCCUUUGGUCUGGGCCCAGCCUGACCCCCCUUUCCCCAUGAAACCCUGUAUGUAAGUGGCCCCCUUGGCGCUUUCUAUCGGCCCAUAUGGGACUAGCACGAGUGACCAUGCCUGGCGAACAUUUAAUAUUCUGACCCUCAUGGCUGUGAUUUGUGGGUUGCCACUUCAUUUUGUAUUGAUUUUACUGUGAUUUUGAGCUGUGUUUUAAUCAAUCGUUUGAUUUUGUGUUUUUAAUGUAUUAUAUAUUUGGUGUUAGCUGCCCUGAGCCUGGCCUUGGCUGGGGACGGCAGGGUAUAAAUAAAAUUUAUUAUUAUUAUUAUUAUUAUUAUUAUUAUUAUUAUUAUUAUUACCUAACUAGCCCUGUUGUUUCCAAGAUUCAAAUGAAAGCCAAGUUUAUCCAACUUAGUUUAAGGCAUUUCCUCCUCCUCCUCCUCCUCCUCCUCCUCCUCCUCCUCUUCUUCUUCUUCUUCUUCUUCUUCUUCUUCUUCCUUUGUUCACAUUAGUUUUGUGAGGGAGUGGGAGGUGUGUUGGUGUCAUGGUCAUAAAGAACAGGAGGAAGAGGAAUGACAUGAGGAGGAAGAUGGGGACAGGGUAGGCCCAAGACAGUCUGGCAUCUGAGGUGAACCACAAAGUACCUCUCUCCCUCCCACACACACCAGAGAAGAAGGGGGCAGUGGAGUUUCCCAUUAAGAUCCAGGGAGGGAUAAAGAUCUACAUUGGGAACAAAGCAGUGAGUCAAAUCAACCUUACCAGACAGCUGAAGUCUGGUUUGGGUGUGUGCCCUGAAUCAAACCAGGCAAGUGCAUAACCCAGGGGGCAACCCCUACCAUUUCCUCACUAGAGGAGUAGAGAGACGAGCAAUGCUUCCUAUUUGCGGAGAAGCUGAUAUGGAGGUAGCAUUCUGAGGCAGGAGGCUGCUGAGGAAGCAGCAGAUCUGGCUUCCAAGGAGUGUACCACAGCCACCGCUGCCACUGUAACAGCGGCCAAGGAAUUCCUUGGAGGCUGAAUCUGUCGCCCCUGAGGAUCUGCAUCUAAGGUGGUUGCUGCACUUUGCCUCACGAGUGGGCUGCCCUUUGGUGAGGAGGAAGAGGAGGCAGAAUGGUAAAGGGGAAAAAAUCGGCAGAAGGGAUAGGCUUGAUCCACUUUGUGGGGUGAGCAGCCCUUCACACAUUUCUUAGUUCCAAUUGCUCUUCUUGGUCACAGUCCAAAGCAUGGCAGUGAAUUUAUGCUCACUUCAUGCUGUUAGGGGAUUGUGUCCAUUGCAUUUGGGCAUAUAUCAAAUGACCAUGCUGCUGUUUCUUACGCAGGUGACAGCUGACCAGUGGAAAAAAUUGAUUCAAUGUGCAGUGCUAGAGCCAGAGGUGAGAAAGCACCUUUUCUACAACUCCAGAGCAUUUGCGAUCUCAAUUGCUGUGGUAAGCACCAUAUUGCUUCAGUGAGAGUUGGGGCAUGUGGGUUUCCUACAGUCUAAAAUGACUAUAUAUAUAUUGCAGGUGUGGGGAACCAGAGGCCCAUUGGUCAAAUGUGGCCCUCUAGACCUCUGUUCUUGGCCCUCAGAAUUCUCCUCAGGAAUGUGCCCAGUAACUCCAGUUAUGCUUUUUGAUUGCAUGGCUGGAAAAUACAGAGGGGUGUGUGAGUGGGUGUAGCAAUCAGACAACUGUAUGAAGAUAAAAUUUGCAUUUGUUGUUCUGCCCUCUUUAGUCUCUCUCCCCCACCCCCCACCCCACUUCUGGCACUUGGCUCCCAGAAGUCUGACCAGAAGCGAAUGAGGCCCUUGGUUUGUAAAAAGUUGCUCACCUCUAUUUUAUUAGAUAAAUAUUGUGUUCCUCCUUUCAGGUUUUCUACGUGACCCUCUGGGUCAAUCUUUUUUCCACCCUGCAGAUAUAUUCUGUAGCACAACCCUGGGAAAUCAGUAUUUUGGCCACUGCAGUUGCCCUAGUGGCUGCCUUGAUCGUCAGACUCACAAUUAAUCAACAUCAAAGGAAGGUAAGACGAGUUGAGACAUGUCUGCAGUUAUGAUUUCCAUGAUGACCAGCAGGUAUUAGGGAUUCAUGUUCAGAUAAUCACAAAUUAAAACAGAACCCAAUGGAGCCUAUUCAGUUCAACUUUCAUUCACUGAAAUAAAUGCCAAAAGCAAAGCCUGAAAAGCAAGAGGAAGUUGGCCCACAUCUUGCAAAGCAAUUGCUUUAGAGGGUGCCUGCACAUUGCAACCCCAUUUGUUGCACCCACCUCAUCACAGUCCUAGCUGGAAUUGUUACCACUGUCAGCUCAACUCAGCUCAAAUCUUCCCACCCUGAAGAGUUAUAGCUCAGCAACAGAGAACCAGCCUUUCAUGAAGAAGCUCGUCAGCAUUGCCAGGUGCAUCUGGGAAUACUCCCUGCCUGAAAUCUUGGGAGAGCCACUGCCAGUCAACAUGAACAAUACUGAACCAGAUGGACUGAUGGCCAGAUGCAGUUAUAAGGCUGUCUUAUAACUGUAUCUGAACCAUUGGUCCACCUGUUCCUAUCUUUUAAGUGGGAGAGCUCUAACUCAGUGGUACAACAUCUGCUUUGUAUGCAGAAGGUCCCAGGUCCAAUCCUUGGGCAGGGCUGGAAGGAAACUUAGGAGAGCCAGUGCCACGCAGUGUAGAUGAUACAAAUCUAGGUGGACCAUUGACUCAGGAUAAGACAGCUUCCUACAAGGAGCCAUAAUUCAGUGGCAGAGCACUUGGCUGCAUUCAGAAGGUCCCAGGUUUCACCACAGUAUCUCCAGGUAGAGAUAGGAAUGUCCCCUGCCUGAAAUCCUGAAGAGCUGAUGCCAGUCAGUGUAUACAAUUCUGUACUGGGUGGACCAAUGGCUUGAUGCAGCAGAAGGCAGCUUUCUAUGUUCCCCUUUGAAAAUUGUGGGGAAUGACUGUUAAAACAGCUUGUUAAACUGCCUAUGCCCAUGAGACUGUGGUAUGGCUUCCCUCUUGCCUCCACUGGCCAUCCCGUGGUUGAGACCUUUAAUUCCCUUUCUUCUCCUUCUCAUUUAACAGCUGAAUGUAAGUACGGACAUGAGACUAGCCGCUGCCAACGAAGCUUUCAUGAAAAACAAAUUCCUGGUGGGGUUCACAAAUAUGCCAGAGAAGCAAUGUAGUGUUCCACAGGUAUCCUUUUUCAGAUUGAAACAAUGCUAAAUCUCUGUAUGUCAGGGAGAACUGAAGUUUCAGUUUUGCCACUUAAGAACACACCCUAUAUUUACCUCUGAAUAUAAUGAUAUAAUAAAAUAAGGGUGGGGACCUUUUGCUGACGAAGGACCUCAUUCUCUUCUGGGCAGCCUUCUGGGGAUCACAUGCUAGUGGUGGGCGAGACCAGGGGCAUCCGUACAAAUGUAAAUGUUUUCCUUUACAAAGUAGGCUAGUUUCUGCACCUGCUCAACCACUCCGCUUUAACCUCAAUCUAGGCAAGUCAAAGGCAUUAUCGGAGUUCAAAUAUGCAUUCCAGCCAGGUGAACACUUGGGGUUGUAUCCAAUGCAGUGCUAAGUUUUUUUUGGUGUUUUUGUUUGUUUUUGAGUCUAAUAAUCAGGUUCAUGUUUAUUGAAGGCUUUUUUGUUUAAAAAAAAUUAAAGCAAAAGGAUUACAUGCCGUUAAACAUUUAAAAAAGAAACGAUGAAUCAGCUAACAAAUUUCUCUUUCCACUAUGGGUCAAUACUGUUCAGAUGGCACAGGAAAGGGAGAAGGGGGUGGAAUUCUGAUCAAGAGCCAAUGAAAAAACAACACCGUCCCCAAACAGAGAGUUGGGGGAGAGACACAGGAUAAAGAAUACACAUGCCCUAGCGACUGCAGCAGGAAAGUGUUCGUGGAUGCUUGUGGUCUUUGUGAGAGAGCCUGGAAAACUAGAAUAAGGAAGAAAAAACUCGUGAACCAAAUUGACUACCAAGUGGCCAUUUUUGCUCUGCAUUUGAAAAUAUUUUUGCAGACCCAUUAAAGAUGUUCCCCGGAAGUUGCCCAGUGAAAAGCAGAUUGUUAGAAGAUAUCAUACACAGAAAAUGAGUGGAUCUUGGUUUUAAGAUAACCCCAAAAGAUCCUUGGGCGAAAGCAACAAUGAGAAUUUAAAUAACACCAGUGUUGCUCAGUUCAAUGCUAAAACAAAUCAUAUCAUAAAGGAAGACUGGCUGUAAUCAUGGUUAUCUUGAAGGGUUGGAGAAGAUUAAAAGUCCUCUUUGGCCCCAUCCCAAGGAAAACAGUGUUCCAUCUUAAAAGAAAAGAAAAGAAAAGAAAAGAAAAGAAAAGAAAAGAAAAGAAAAGUUUGCUAUGUACUUUUGCAGCUCUGCAGAGAGUCCAGAAUUAGCAGGACCACCCCAACGAAAUUGGGUUUAAACACACAGCCAUUUAUUCCUCCAGCCUGGAUAUGAGCACUUGUAAGUUGACACCCCAAGAAUUGGGUUCAAGCCACAAAGGCAACAGAAUCAGCUGGAAGAGAGGAACCCAGCCCUCCCGCAAAAUGCAAGAGAAAAUGUUUGGUUAUGCAGUCAUCUCACUCUCUGCAAGCUCCUGAAGUCAGGAGGACAAAAGGUUCUAGCAACUUGAAAGAAGACAUGAGAGUUGGCUGUAAAUAUGGGGUGGGGUGAAAACAAAACUGUGGCUGAACACAGAAGCUUCACAUCAAAGAAAAGGGCCUAUCCAAACAGCGACAACCCAUUUAUGGGCCAGGGGAAUCAGCAGUCUGACUCACAGGAGGCCAAAAGGCCGGGCUGGGCUGAGAGCCAUUUUUAAAAAAAUAUAUAUUAAAAAUGCAAUGCUCAAUUAUGAAAGAGAAACCAAAACACCCCUAGAAAUUAAGUAAGAGAGUGGUUUUAACAGGACGGUGGCCAGACCCCUGUGGCAGCUUCAGCCUGACAGAACUGGAUCCUGCCGGCCGAAGGAAGGAGGUCUCGUGGGGUUCUUCAACAUCUUGCUAUCAGCAGCAAACUUCUUGGCUCAAACAAUGGCAGGAGCCCCACCGAUUCCCAUGAACAAUUCUUGCAUUUCUCAGAAAGGCAGAGGAAGAAGUUCCCCAUCGCAUGUGCCUGAUGACGGCAUGAAGCUCAGGCUGACUUCAACACCACACUCUUUGAUUCAGAGUUUCCUGGUACAGAAAAGCUUGUACUGAGCGGGAAGGAAUGCAGCAAACCAGAGUGGAGUGUGGUUUCCUACUGAAAAGUCUACUUUGGCUAUGAAGGGGGAAGGAGGUGCGAAUGAUCCUGCACAUCACAAGACCCCCACCACAAAUGGGUGGCUGUGAGAAACCAAGGUCCACAACAGACAGAAUGUUUCAGAAUUAACUGGUUUGUGUCCGGUCACCAAGAUGAAAUAGCCUUUUGCAGAAAGGCCGGGAUAGGCUGGGUGGGAAAUCGUUAUUGGAGAACUCCAGAAGGAGUUAAAGACAUGUAGCAGUACAUUUGUUCCACUGGCAAAAUGUUUUGUACCAGCUGAACAUUGUUGUGCAAGAGAAUGUACCUGUGUUGCCCAAUAAAGGUAAAGGUAAAGGGACCCCUGUCUGUUAGGUUCAGUCAUGGACGAGUCUGGAGUUGCAGCGCACAUCUCGCUUUACUGGUCGAGGGAGCCGGCGUACAUGUGGCCAGCAUGACUAAGCUGCUUCUGGCGAACCAGAGCAGCACACAGAAACGCUGGAGCAGUACCUAUUUAUCUACUUGCACUUUGACGUGCUUUCGAACUGCUAGGUUGGCAGGAGCAGGGACCGAGCAAUGGGAGCUCACCCCGUCAUUGGGAUUCGAACCGCCGACCUUCUGAUCGGCAAGCCCUAGGCUCUGUGGUUUAACCCACAGCGCCACCCGCGUCCAAUAGAUUGCCCAAUAGAUGGCACAAUUUAUUGCACAUUGUUUUUCCACUAUUGUAACUGUCAUGUUGGAUCCCUCUGUUGCACAGCAUUACAAUCUCACCCAACUGCUGACGCAGGAGCCCUUGUGCUAGUAGACAGAGAACAUUGGAUACAGCCCUCAUGGUGCAAAGCAGGGCCAAUGAGGUGUGGCCUGGAGAAAGUUCAAAAGGAAAGAUAGAGAGGCCUGGAGAGUCACAAUCAGCCUGGGGCCUGAGGCUUCUCUCCAGCUAUAGCUUAACAUCAUACAUUCUUUACUUGCCAUGAUAUAUCUGGUACCAUAAUUUGCCCAUAGGUGGUGGUAUUGCUACAGAUUACUACAUAAGAGUAAAACAAUUAAAACAAUCUGAGCUCCUUCUUACAAAUGGGUGUGAAUAAGUAGGCAACAUCAAUCCUUUUCUUUAGUAAGCAAUACAGAGAGUUGCAAAGAAUUUCAUCAUUUACCAUAAUUUGUGCAUGGCUGGUGGGAUCAUCAGAUAUAGGGCUGUUUUCCUUGACUUCCCCCAUCAGCUCUGGUUUGUUCAUUUUGACGUGGAGCCAUGCCUUCAAUUCUUAGCAGACUCUCUGGCAGAAAUGAAGAGGAAUGAGAAGGUGAGUGAUGAUUGGAGGGUUUUUGUUUUGUUUUAAGGCAGAAGGUUUCCAAGGAAGCCAUGCUGCUGAUAAUGUUUGUGGCAUUGCUGACAACGAACAAAACAUUGCUGACAACAAACAAAACAAAUAAAAUAAUUUGAGCUUCAUGUUCCAAAUGGGUGUGAAUAAGCAAACAGCCAUCAUCCUCUUUCUCAAGUCAACCAUACAGAGAAUUGCCUGCAAUUAUAUCAGGCACAAAAAUAUUCUUCAGAAUUACCAGAAUCCUGCUGAUGGAUGUUAUCAUGCUUUAAACAACCACCACCACCAAAGUAAGACACUGACUCAUUGCUCUUAAAACUAGGUUGUGGGUUAUAACAAAUUAAAUAUGCAGAAUUCAGUCAAUGGAGUCUGUUUAGUCAUUUAACUAUUCCAUUUGGGACAGGUGUCUAUCAUUUUCAUUAAAGAUGUCAUUCUAAAGUUAGUUAGCUAGUUACUUUUUCAAAAAAGAAAUUCAGUAUUUUUGCAGAGUUUUUGAAAUAACUUCACUGCUGGAUCACACUGAAGAGUCUUGUUUAGUAAGACUGUGUACAACCCCUCAGUCUCCACCCCCAGGAUCUGGGGACCCAGUCCAGGCAGAUGUGGAGAUCGCGUAGCCUGGAUCUGGACCUGAAUCAAUUCAGGGAACAAGGCUGAAACCCAAUUAAACAUAAAGGCACAAGGGGGUGGGAGAAGAAGAUGUUUCAUCUCCUUCCCCUCUUCAUGACUGAGAGCAGGAGGGUACAAUUGACUGACACUAUUUACUGCUAGGCUCCUUGCUUUCUCACAGUAGCAGGCACGCCAACUCCAGGAGACAGAGAUGUCAUCAGCCCCCUCAAUAUUCCUUAACAGGGGAUGCAGCCCCCAAAUAUUGAGUGGGUGGAGGAGGUCUAGCCGAGCAAAGCACAGCAUCAAUGGAAGGCUGCACCAGCCUGCGCAGUGCCAGGAGACACUGCAGGGACCAGGGCAGCCUGGUGUGAGGUUGCACCAGCCUGCUCAGCAUCUCCUGAGAUUGUGGGGACCAGCGUGACCUAGCAGAAGGCUGCACUAGCCUGCUGUGUCAGGAGAUGCUGUGGGGACAGGUGCGGCCUGGCGAGAGGUUGCACUAGCCUGUGCAGCAUCUUCCGAUGCAAGCAAGGACCGAACAGAUUGUGGAAGGCUGCUCCUGCCUGGCAUCUCUUGACACCACGCAGGCUGACGCAGCCUUCCUCUAGGCUGCAACGGUCUGGCCUGCAGAGCACAGGGGACAUGUGCAACAUGCGCCAACCCACCCAAUCUUGGGGGCAACAUGGCGCCUCUGCCUGGUAGACACCAGGAACCACCGGCACACACACACACACACACACACACACACACAAUAUCCAUCUCCAUUUUCUAAGUUCUGGUUCCCUGUGUAGCCAAAGCAGUCCUGGCACCAAAUCACCAUAGGAAUAUUCUUCCAUUAAUUUGCGUCCUGCUCUGGGUCACCCAUAUUGCUUUUUCUUCAAUUCAUUUAUGUCCAAAUAAUUUCCUGACAGAUUAUGCUCAAGAUCAGUUCAGCUGCCCCCAAUGAUGAUCCCCAAGUCAUUUCUUUAUAAAGUAAUCUCACAGCAGUUUAUUUUCCCAAGUUAACAUUCUACCCAGUCACCUUGAUCACCAUCCUUCUCCCAUUCAAUUCCCCCAAAUUCAUUACUCAUUUAGAACCACUAGAGGCACUUCAACAAAGAUUCAAGGUUGUAGCCAAUGUUAGUCCUGCAUUCAUAGGUGCCGAGUUCUGCCCAACAUUGGGGGGGGGGGCUUGUUGCAUGUGUGUGACGUCACAUGUGAUGUCACACACAUCAGGAGGAGGCCUCAAGAUGAGGGGGCUGCCAUGUCCCCACAUACUUUGGGGUGGGGGCUGAGCUGUCCUCAGCCCCAUAGAGUUGGUGCCUAUGGACCCAUUGAAAUUGUUGGACAUGACUUAGUUCUCUUAAUUUUUAUGUGUCUACUCUGAGUGGAACUUAGUUAGAGACAACCCUCAGAACCCAUGCCAUCAUCCUUAAAAACACUCAUAUUCAUUUGUGUGAUUAUGGCCAUGUUCACGCCAUCCAUUUAAAGUACUAUGAUACCACCUUAAGUGGUCAUAGCUUCCCCAGAGACUUCUGGGAGCUGUAGUUUGCUAAGAGUUGUUAAUUUAUCCCUUCCAGAGCUACAAUUCUCAGAAUGGUUUAACAAUCAAUCCCUCCUCACAGGUAACUCCUGAAUAUUGUAGCUUUGUGAAACACCCUUAACAAAUUAGAGCUCCAAUAAUCCUUUAUAGGAAGCCUCAACUGUUGAAAGUAGUAGCAUAGUGCUUUAUGGAUGGUAUGAAUGUGGCCAAUGUUGCUAUUGAAUUGUAUCCAACAAAUUCCUAGUGAAAGCCGAAUGGUUUCUGCUCACACAACAUAACUUCUGUUCCCUCUCCUGUCUCUGCAUGCCCUCAGUGCCACCUGGACCUUCAGAGCAAUUUUGUAUAUCAGGACUCACAUGGAGAGAUGAGACAGGAGAGGAAGGGGAAAUUCCAUUGUGAGAAUGGAAGAUAAAACCAUAGAACUGUAGAGUUGGAAGGGAUCCAAAGGGAUUCAGUUGAUCAUUGUUGCUGUUAGUUGAUUGCUGCAGAAUGUGCUUUUCUGGGUGAUGCAGAAUAAUAUCGCUGUCCUGCAAAUCUGCUCCUCCCGGCUCCUUUUUAGUCUGCUCUGAAGCACAACCUGAAAGAACUCUGCAUUGUAAUAGAGACUCCCAUCAUUCCAAGUCAGGAAAAAGGCCUGGGAAUUUCUUCCGAAGAUUCUGAACUGCUGCCUGAGAGAAAGGACAGCAACCAAAGUGCCUUGGCAUACCGAGAGUUCCUCCAGCUUGUCCCAGAUGGAGCCCCUGAGGUAAGAAUUCAUUGAAGGAGUCUGUAAAAAGGUUUGGUGUUGAGGGAGAACUGAGGUGGAUCUUCACCAGCCUCUGUACUCAGCCAGCCCAUACCUGCCUGAUUUCUUACUUAUAAACUGUCCAGAAGGUGGCACUGCCUGUUAGUUUCUUUCUCCUCCUUUGUCUCAAGGUUGACCUUCUAGACCUCAGCAGGGGAGGAGGCAAAACUAGAACUUGUGCCUCUAUAAGUCACUGGCUCCAGCACCACCUACUUUUGUAUUCUAUACCUUUUGUCCUACCAGUCCCAAGGGGGCACCAGGCACUACUGCUCACUUAUAAAUGUUUAAGAAAUAUUUAAAAUAAAAUGUAGUGCCAAUGAUAUAUUAUUAUGCCUUUUAAAUGAUGUAGAUAAGCAAGGGACAUUCAAGGAAUAUUUGAAUUCUUAAAGGAAUUUUUAAAUAUAUAUAUAUGUAUUUUAAGUCAGGAACUUUUCAAGAAACUUUUAGGACACACCUUUUGGUUAUUUUAAGUUGUUUUAGACUUUGUGUUUCAAAGUUGUAACCCACCCUUGGACCUCACAGUGAAGAGCAAGUAAUAAUAAUAGUAACGACUAGGUUACUGUAUAUAUUAACACUAGCAAGGGUAAUGCACAUGAAAGUUUGGAAAGGUAGACGUAAACCUAAUAAUAAUUAAUGAUGUAAAUGAUGGGAGAUGCUGGAAAUUUUUAAGUUGACAAUAAUGUUAAAUGAAAUGGGAUUAAAAAGCUGUUGGAGGCUAGUUGUGCAAUAUAGAAGCAAAGAGCUCAGAAUAUCUGGGUUUGGAGAAGGGAAAGGGCCACAGGUGAGUGGUAGAGCACCUGCUUUGUGUAUGGAAGGUCUCAGGUUCAACCCCUAGCACUGGGAAAGACUCCAGUCUGAAAUUUUGGGGAGAGGUGGUUUAUUAUGACAUAAGCCAGGGUUGGGGAUAGGCCAAUCUUGGCCUGUGAGGCCAUUAUUUCAGAAACUAUGCCCAUUGUUGCUAUUCCAAUGGUGGGAGAGGUAUGAUUCUGAAUUGGCUGCAUGCAUCAGUUACUCUAUUGGGAACUGGCACACAUAGCCGAAGCAGCAGGGUUUAAUCUCCGCUCACCAGCUGAUGAGUAGGAAUUAAAUUCUGCACCACUGGGCUGUUCAUGCCUCUUCCCCUACUGGAAACAGCCAUGAGCAGUCAAAUCUCAAUGUUGGGCUGUUUGAAAGCCCUUUUGCAAAGAGCCCUGUGCUGUUCAAAGAGCAACAAAGUUCUGGUUGCAAAAGAGCUUUCAAACAAUUCCACACUGAGUUCCUAUAGUCAGGGCUUGAGAGUUCAGUAUAACCUGGUACCAUAUUGACUUCAGAUGACUGACAGGUAGAUGGCCUCUGGGUUGGGGAGAUAAGGAUUUGGCUUGCUGGUCAGAAAAUGUUCUCCACUUCUAGCACAAACUUUCAGGGACAGCACAUGAAGUGCUAUUUGAGCUACAGAUUGGUGUAGGCAUCACUGGGCUAGAUGGACCACUGGUCUGACUUGGUAUAAUAGCUGCUUCCUAUGUUCUUACAUCAUCAAUAAAUGUUGAUGCUUGACUGAUUUUAGGUGAUGGCCCAUCAGCUAUUGGCAAUCUUCAGUGGCUGCUACAUCAGACUUCUGGUCAGUGGUCAGCUCACAGAGGUCGCUGCAAGACGACAUGUAUCACUCAACCACACCCCAUGCCUGUGCCAAUUCGUCGAGACUACAGUGCUGGCAAAGAGAUCCUCUUGGUUCAAGCUGAGGUGACCAGUGGUGGAUGAAGUGGCCCUUUGCAUUAGGCACAGUAUUAACCAGAACGGAGACCUAGAACUUGCAAACUGGGGGAAACAUUUCACGUGGUUUCUGAAUUGGCCACAGUGACACACACCUUAGUUACGCACUAUUUGCAUUGCUGUAACAUGCUCUACAUAGGAUUGCCUUUGAAAAGUGCUCAGAAACUUCAGCUGGCUCAAAGAGCUGCCAGGUUGCUGUCCCAGGCUGGUUAUAUGACCUAUAUGGAUUAGGUCCAAGCUAUCUGAAAUACCACAUUCCCUCAUAAGAACCUGCCCAGGUUUUGAGAGCUUCAAGGGAGAUCUUUCUCUUGGUCCCACCAUCCUGACAGGCAUACUUGGUGGCGGAUGUAGGAGAGGACCUUCUCGGCAGCUGCUGCCAGACUCUGAAACUCCCUCUCCAGAGAAGCCAGGCUGGCUCCCUCCUUGUGGUGUUUCUGCUGACAGGUAAAGUCUUGUUCCAAUAGGCUUUGGGGAGCUGACUGCUUUUAAUGAAAGGACUGGUGCUGUGCUGUUUUUCAUUCUAGCUAUUUUUUAUUGUAAAGGUAAAGGUAAAGGUAAAGGGACCCCUGACCGUUAGGUCCAGUUGCGGACGACUCUGGGGUUGCGUGCUUAUCUUGCUCUAUAGGCUGAGGGAGCCGGAAUUUGUCCGCAGACAGCUUCCAGGUCAUGUGGCC